AUGGUUGCACAUAAUCAAUAUGACGACGACGAUCAAGGUCUGUUCACUAAUAAGUCCAUUGUUAUGGCAAAUUUUGAAGAGUGGAUUAAAAUGGCCACUGACAACAAGAUUAACUCUAGAAAUAGUUGGAAUUUUGCUCUUAUAGAUUACUUCUAUGACCUGAAUGUGCUGAAAGAUGCUGAAGAUAAUAUUAACUUCCAGAAGGCUAGUGCUACUCUAGAUGGCUGUGUCAAGAUUUAUUCUUCGCGUGUUGAUUCUGUUGCUAGUGAAACAGGGAAGCUGCUGAGUGGGCUGGCUGAAAGGCGCGAUAAGAGAACUGAAGAAGUACAGAAUGAUCACAGUGACGAAGAGGGGGAACCAGAUGAUGUAGAGAUUGAUCCGGCAACUGGUCUGCCUGUCGGCAGGGAUACUGAAGCUGACAGGAAAAGGAGGACGUAUAACAGAGUGCUGGAAACUACGCUGGUUGAUUUUGAUUCUAUCAAGUUAAAAGAACUAGAUCAGGAAUUGUGCAUUGACCCCCUUUUUAAAAAGGCAUUGGCAGAUUUUGACGAAGAUGGUGCAAAGAGUUUGCUAAUAAAUACAUUAAACGUCGAUGAUCACCUUAGAGUGGUAUUUGACGCAACUACAAGCGAAAACGAUGGCUCAAGAAAGCAGAUUCGGCAAAAUAGUCCUGAAGCUAAUGAAGGCUUAGAGACAAUUGAAACAGAGGCUGGAGCAGGGAAUGAAGACUAUGAUAUGCCUGACGCAGAGAGUGAAAUCGAGGAAGAUGAAUUGCCAACUACUCCCAGCUCCAACAUAUCGGAAUUUAAUUCUAUUAAUACAGAAAUGGUUGAAGAUGAAAUAUUAGCACUGGGGAUGAAGUACCUAAAUUUCGAAAAUAUCAAGGCCUUGGAUAUUUGUCCUUCUAUGGCCCAGUUACAUUCAGCGAUAAAUGAUUUCGAUGGCGCCAAGUCAAUUAUAGAUAAUGUGACAAACAAGUUCGAUAAUUUUCUAACAGAACAAGAUAUGCAAGAAGCCAUUCCCGAUAUUUCAGCUAAUGCGGAUAUGGAAGAUUUUCGUUAUGAGCUGCCGGGCCAGGUUGAUGACGAAAUGUUCAAUAACGAUGAUGACGGAAACGAGCCUGUUGGGAACGAAAGCACACCAGGUGAAAUAGAACCAGGAAUAACCGAUAAAGAAUUGUUCGCCUUCUUCGAUGAUGCAUUGAAGCAAAGUUGGCGGGGAAGAGAAAAUUGGAAGGUUCACAAUUAUAAGCAUAAACUCAGUAAAAGGACAGAGAAGCAUGGCGAUGAAAGCAAGGGGAUGAUACAGCCGCCUUCAUCCGUAAGUGCAGAAGACAAAGAACCUAAGAAGAAGGCUAAAAGGGACAUCAUUGACUUUUUUGAUCUAGACGAUAAUAUUGAAGAAGCAAUCUUCGCUAUUAAAAAGUCAUCAAUUGACCUUCCACAAAAACAUAGAGAAUACCCUCAUCAUCAUCUACUCCCAAAUGAUUAUAAGUUUACCGCAGACAGGAUUACAAAGCUUUUCAUAAAACCCGAGCAGCGAAUGAGCUUCUUUUCCUACAGGAAACGAGGCUUGCGCAAUGGAACCUCUAACAAAGAUCCCGCCAGCAAGAAUAGCGACCUCCCAAAAAUUGCAGACGAAAACUUUUGGGCCAAUACUUACAAACAAAGGGAAGAUGCCUCUGCACAGAUAGAUUCCGAUGAUGGAGCAUCCCUAAUCCCCGGAACAAGGGAUUCCGGGCCGGGUACAGGAAUUGACGACGAUGAUGGCGGUAUGGACUUCAACCAAGCUUUUGAAGACGAGGAGCUAGGAGUUUCUGAUGAUUACGAGCCGUUCGACACUCCAACCGCGCAAAACUUAAUAAAAACUGAAGAUAAAAUCUCAUAUUCUAGAACCGCCAAAAAGGUCGACGUGAAGAGACUGAAAAAAAACAUCUGGAGAUCAAUUUCACGUAAAUUAGAGCAAGAAAUAUCAUUACGAAGGUCGGUCACUGAAACACAUGACCAACCCACGGAUGUUAAUGAAAUUCAACUAAGGUUCACUGAAAUUGCUUCCGACAUUGUGCCCAUGUACUCUGAAAGAAAACUCAAAGACCUAUCAACAAGUUUCUGUUUCAUCUGCUUACUACAUCUGGCAAACGAACACGGUUUCACAGUUGCAAACACAGAGCAUUACGAUGAUUUAUUCAUUAUAUUCAACACCAAUUCUACAAAUAGUUCCCUUUCUGUUGCAUAA